UUGCCCUAAUUACAUUUAUAUGAUUACUUUAAAUUACACUUUGCAUUUUGUCUUGUUUUUUUUUAUCGAUUUAUUUCAGUUUCUCGUUUUCUUAUUGUUUUUUUUUUCAUUGUUUUGUUAAUGGAGUCGUGGUGGUUAUAGAAAACGGAGGCUUUUUUUUAUUGGGGUAAGGCAGGGGUGGGGAACGUCCGGCCUCCGGGCCGUAUAAGGCCCCCAAGACAAUUUGAUCAGGCCCGCAAGGCAGUUCAUAAAUGCUAUUUCAUAUCUCAUGAAUGAAUAAUAUAUAAUGUAAUUUUAUUAUGUGCUGGCUGCAGGUUAUUUAAAUUCAAUUAAUUAUCUAUGAACUCGGCAGUUUAGCAGCGUCAUACCCUUGAAUAUAAUUAUAUUUCUUGAUUUUUUAUUUUGUGACUGUUUUUCUUUGCACUGCUAGCGUCAGCUAAGAGCAGUAACACUGUGCAUUUCCCCACUCUGCAAGAACAAAAUCCUUCUACAACGGAUGAAUAUGCUGGUGAGUGUGCGAAACUAAUUGAGGCAUUUAGUGAAAGGUUCAAGGACGUGAAAAGUAAACAACAGGAGUUGAACAUCUUCGCUACACCAUUUAAUGUGGAACCAGCUGAUGUGCCUGAUAACCUGCAACACGAAAUAAUUCAGCUGCAAAGCGAUGAUGAGCUGAAAGCUAGGUACAACAACCUCUCACUGCUUGAGUUCUACAGACGUUACGUAAGUGCUGAUGAUUUUCCUAUUUUGAGGAGACAUGCACUGAAAUAUGCAUCUGUGUUCGGAACGACUUACUGCUGCGAGCAGUUCUUCUCAAAACUUACCCUGGCAAAGAGUAGACUGCGCUCCAGACUGACCGAUGCAAACCUGGAAAACCAGUUGCGAGUAGCAUCAUCAACAGUACCACCUAACAUCACGCGCCUCGCCAAAGAGAAGCAGUUCCAGCCGUCACAUUAGAGAGCGGCAGUGGAUCUCUACAUGGGUGAGGUGGCGAGGGGCGUGGCCAGGGGGCGGCUAGCAGCGUGUGCCACCAGGGAAAUGUGUAUGAACAUAAAAAAAGGCGCCCGUCAAGAAAGGCACAGAUGCAGGGUGGUGAGGCAGUGUUCAUCCCAGGGGCACACCACACAGGGUCAGCAACACAGAUGGUGGUGGAGAGGCACCUGUGGGACGCCCAGGGGAACACCAAACACGACCUUGACAGACAGAAGUUUAUUGAUGAAGUGUGGAAGAAGAGGAGGAAGGAACAAUGAUAUUCGACCAGCUGCGGCAUCUGGGGGCUUCACUUGACUGGGACAGCUGGGACAUGGAUGCAGCGAGAGACUGGCCUGUGUGUCUGUCUGUACAUCCGCACACCCUUGACCUCCAUGUCCACCCAGCAGGAGGAAGAUCUGGACACCUGUUUCUCCUCUGGUCCCUCCCUUUGCCUCGCUGGGCUGGCCGGGUCAGGGGAGGGAGAGACCAUGCCUGACCUUGCUCGCUUCUACGCAACGACCUUGAAGACGGGUCACGGCAUCCUCUUCUGGGUGGCUCAGGUGGUCAUGCCGGGACUCGACUUGACGGGGAGGCUUUCCUUUGAGACUGUGCUGCUGCAUGGCCUCCAGGGUGAUGGUGGCGGCCACAAGACGUCCAAGUCCUGGGGCAGUGUGAUAGACCCCCUGGAUGUCAUCAGUGGGGUGUCCCUGGAGGUGUGUGACUUGCUGGUGCUGUGUGUUCUGUACUGGUGUUCAUUGGCUGUGGUGAGCAGUACCUUGACAGCAGGUACUGUGCGAGAGGGUGGAGGGGACCCUGAAUGCGGAAGAAGUACUCACUGGUCUCGUAUGAACUCUCCCACAGGCAUCCCAGAGUGUGGAGCUGAUGCCCUUUGGUCCACCCUGUGCUCCACCAGCUUCAGGAAACCGUCACCCCAAACAAUGAGUGGUGGAGGGUGCGUUCUGCGUUGACAGCCAGCAUGAGCGGUGACAGGAGCCAUCGGUGCCUUGCCUCCUCGCACCACCACCACAAGCACCACCACUCCUGCCAUCACCUACAAGGGGGAGACUGUGAUGUGGCUGCAGGUGGAUAGGUUCGGAGGCCUCCAGAGAGUUGCCCAGAGUGAAGCUUGUGGUAUAGAGGGACAGCUGCUGAUUAUCAAGCUUAUGGAGUGACUGGAAGAAAGUGGGAGGAGCCUGGAGGGAGUGGUGGAGGUACAGUACUCGGAGAAAAUCCCUUCACUAUGACGACUGGGUGUCUGCUGUACAGGCCACCAACCAAUGCCUGCAGCCUGCCCUAGCCUGACCCGCCAGACAUGUGCCCCAGGCCUUCCCCUAGCCUGUAGAGCCAUGUAAGCCUGCAGGUCAAGGUCAGGUCAAACGCAACAGGCCGUAACGUGAAAGAUGAAGAGAUUUACGAAGACUGUGUUUGAUGGGCUCAGGUCCUCCGUGCACCCCACCAACAAACAAGAAGUUGAGGAAAUACAAAUUUUUGAGACUCUGCAAGUUGAUGCCUUCCAGAUCGCGAAGGCAUCUUCAUCUUGCCCAAGGGAGUGCCGAGGGAGACAGGCAGCGUGGGCAUGUCGCUGGUGGUAUGGGUGAUGUGUGGCUUCAUGUGGAUGGUGGGCGCGCUAUGCUAUGCAGAGCUGGGCACAUCCAUACCAAAAUCAGGCGGAGACUAUGCGUACAUUAAUGCUGGCUUUGGCUCCCUUCCUGCCUUCCUUUUCCUCUGGGCUGCCAACCUCAUCUUUGUGUAAAGUUAAAGCCCACCACCAAUCCCAUCAUGCCGCUGGCCUUUGCAAAGUAUGUGAUUCAACCGUUCUUCCCCAACUGUGACCUGCCAGAUGAUGCUGUGCGGCUCAUUCCAGCACUGUCCAUAUCUGGAAUGUACGAGUCACCACCAAGCAGCAGGAUUUCUUCAUGGUGACCAAGAUUGCUGCAUUGCCCAUUGUCAUCCUUGCUGGCAUUGUACACCUUUGCAUGGGCAACACUGGGAACUUCCACAACUCCUUCCAGGGCACCAGCACUGAGCCAGGCAAGAUAGCUGUCUCCUUCUACUCAGGCAUAUCUUCCUAUACUGGAUGGAACUACCUCAACUUCAUGAUGGAGGAACUGAAGAACCCAUUUGUCUGAGUACUGUCUCUCCCUCACUUGGCACCACACUGCCACUCACUUCUACUCACUUCUACUCACUUGGCACCACACUGCCACUCACUUCUACUCACUUCUACUCACUUGGCACCACACUGCCACUCACUUCUACUCACUUCUCACACUGCCACUCACUUCUACUCACACUGCCACUCACUUCUACUCACUUCUACUCACACUGCCACUCACUUCUACUCCACACUGCCACUCACUUCUACUCCACACUGCCACUCACUUCUACUCACACUGCCACUCACUUCUACUCCACACUGCCACUCACUUCUACUCCACACUGCCACUCACUUCUACUCAGGCAUAUUUUCCUACGCUGGAUGGAACUACCUCAACUUCAUGAUGGAGGAGCUGAAGAACCCAUUUGUUAACCUGUCCCGGGCCAUCUACAUCUCCCUGCCACUGUGACGCUGGUCUACGCGAUGGCCAAUGUUGCCUGCCUGGCUGUGCUCUCCCCUGUCGACAUGCUGGCCUCUGAUGCCAUUGCUGUUACCUUUGCUGACCAUCUAAUGGGCCGUGGCAGUGGCGGCUGGGUGAUGCCCUUGCUGGUGGCCCUCUCAGUGCACAUCAUGACUUCCUCCAGGAGGGUUGGGAACGAGCCCCUCCAGUGGUGUGCUGUUAACUUCACGUCCUGGGUAUCCAUCCCCCUGAUGUGAGGGACGGAGGACGCGAAGACGUUCCACAGUCUGGGUGAUGCAGAGGAAUGACUGAGAAGAAAGGAAGGAAGAAAGGGAGGAGGAUACAAGAAAGAAGGAAGGAAGGAAGGAAGGAAGGAAGGAAGGAAGGAAGGAAGAGAAGAGGACAAGAAGGAAGAGAAAAGGAGGACACUCUCUCUCUCUCUCUCUCUCUCUCUCUCUCUCUCUCUCUCUCUCUCUCUCUCUCUCUCUCCUCUCUCUCUCUCUCUCUCUCCCACAGACCCACAGGAUAUCCCCCCACAGGAUGUUGACAAACCCCACAGUCACUCCCCUCAGCCCCUCUCUCUCUCUCUCUGUCUCUCACCUACCUUCAGGCCCAGAAUAGGAACCCUGUCAGUGCCCGUCAGGAACUUCAAAAACAACUUCUUCUGCUCCAGGGAGAGUUUGUGAAAUACUUCCCAGAACGUGCGUAUGACCGGGUGGUCUGGGAAACAUUCGCCCUGGAAACACCGACAGAAAUCAAUAAACGGAAGGAUAUUAGUGUGAA